AUGGAUUUCAGUACUCUAUUGUCGAAAGUUAAGAGUUCAGAAUGCCCUUUAUCUCUUUUGAAAGAAUAUCUAAAUAGAGGUGUAGUUCUGAAACAAUUCAACAACUGUGAAGAAAUGGGUCUUCUUGUCUGUUUCCUCGUAUCGAAAACCUAUGGACUUGGUCUUAAAAUCCUUCUUGAUUGUGGUUUGGACAUGUCUGCUAGUCAUCCAAUUACUGGUGAUACACCUCUUAUAGUCCUUUGUAAUGAAGGCCUAUGUGGUGCAAUAAAACAACUUAUGAACGAAUUGACAUCAACUAGUCUGUUGCACUCAAACUGUAUUGGACUAACAGCUCUAACACAACUGCUUUGUCGUGCUCAUGGAACUUGCAGUUGCUUAGAAAGUCUUCUUUCACGCCUUCAACUUUGCAGUGCCCUUUUACCAACUAAUAUGAAAACAGACAACCGUGUAUACAGCUUGACUGCUAAUAAAUCUUUUAACGAAAACAGUGGAAACCAGGUUUUGUUCACUCUUGAACAACUGUUGAGUCGUAUUAAAUCAGAUAAUGGCGAACGUAUCAUCUCUGUAUUACAACUUUGGGUAAAAGCUAAUCUAUUGCUUUUAUCUAAUAUACACGAAGACAAUCUCUCACAACUUGAUCAGUUAACGUCUAACACAAACUCCUUGAAGGAAAGACUUUUAAAGCCUUUGGUAUCAUCUGUUUCCUGUCCACGUAAUAUUGAACUAUUAGUAAACAAGCUUGAAGUACUGCUUUACCAAUUAAUUAUUCUUGGUCAGUUACAUGAAUGCUCAAUAUUUGAGGAGAUAACUCUCUCAAAUUCAGAUGAAUCGGAAAACCAAAGUUUGGAUGACAUGUUGAGUCAUAUAAGAAGCCAGUUGAAUCCACCGCUCAGUUUGCGUUUCCUUAUAAUACGUGAAAUUCGUCGAAUCCUACAGUAUCGAUUUAUUUCCUUAUGUCAGUUAAACGACAAACCCCAUCCAUCAAUGACUAAAAAUGUACUAUCGUUUGUAACUUGGGUUAAUCAAUUGUCUUUGCCAUUUCUACUUAAACAACACAUACUUCUAGAUCCUAUCAUUGUAAAGUCUAUUUAA